AUGGUUAGAGCGUCCGCCUCGAAUGUGGUCAGAAGUAUCUGUUUGUCAAUUCUUCAGCUGAUUGUAGACCACAUCUACCAGGUGUUGAGCUGCCAGACACUGACAGACUUGAGGGAUAAGAUACGGUGUGUUUCAGACCUCAUGGUAGAAGGAGAAUUCAGUGUUAAUCCCGACCUACCCUCUGAUGUCUGUGCAAAGGAAAUAUACAAAUCUGGAUUUUUCUUUAUAGAAGAUAAAUUUUACAAUGACAUGAGGGACCCUGAUUGUAGAGAUUACAGCAGGGUUAUCAUGGACUGGGCAGCCACCAAACCACGAGGCAUGGGCCCACUUGAGUCUGUGGUGAUGGAGAAUGUAAAGUUUGAUGACCUGUGUAUUCGUUUGGGACAUCCUUACCUGUACAUGCACCAGGGCAACUGUGAACACCUGAUAGUCUUCAGUGACAUCAGAAUGCUGCAACCAGAUGAUAUCCUGGAUAUCCGAGAGUAUCCAUUGAUGACAAUGAGGAGGACAAAACAGCGAACAUUCUGUAAAGUUUGCCUGAACACUGCCUCCAGGUGGGUAACCCUGAAUGAUGAGCUAGCCCCGGAGAACCCCUGCUACUUCUGUGAUCCGUGUUUCCGCUCCCUCCAUUAUGAUGAGGACGGGAAGAAAGUCUGCAAGUUUGAAGCCUAUAAAUAUUUUGACAGCCAUGUUGUAUUAUGAAAAAAAAAGUUUCUAAUAUGUGAUGACUGAAUUACAACUUUUGUCCCAAUUGUGGCAGAUUUGUUUGGGCAUUUACGUGGGUCAUGUCCAGCUCGUGCUGGCUUCCUCUUCGGCCAUACAUGGAAGGCCUGGCACCAACCUGCCGAUGGUUGUGGGUCUCCACCAGGUUCUGCCUGCUUUCCUCCCACCAUAUUUCUUCCGCCAUCGUAUAAGUGAAAUGUUUUGGAGUGCAGCGUAUAACACCAAUCAAAUAAAUCA